AUGGGUCCAAGGUCCAUGCAACUCUCGUCGAACAAGGGGUCCGAUCCAUGCUUCACUCUUUUCCACCCCCUCUUGCUGCUGCAUAAUGUCGUCCUCGGGUUCGCGAAAGGUUUCCAAGACGAGACGGUCACAGAAGAGCUGCACGGCGACAACACCAGACCAUGCAAUCGCUGCGCCAGGAAUGGAGUCGAGUGCCUCAGCGAAUGGAUCCGAUUCAAACACCAACCGCCCAAGAUUCGUCUCUCAACGGCAGCCAAUGCCACUUCCAACGAGUACAAGUUCUCCGAGGAUCAAACCUGGUGCUCACUCGACGGCGAACUCGAGUUUGUGGAUGAAGGAAAGAACCUGCAGUCCAUAUACCAGGCCGAGGAUGCAGCUGAAGACGGAGGCGAAAGUUCGCAGGAUGACUCUGAACAAGUCACUCCGUCUCGUGAGAUAGGCCAUAACGGCACGCCGGACCAGCAGCUCAACUCUCUCACGCUCGAUGCAGGGCCAUAUCUCUCGAGUUUUCACGAUUCUACGUCAGAAACGAGUUGGCCGACAGAUCUGUCGAAUACCAGACUACUCGAACGACCCUCUUCACAGCAACACGAUAGCCCAGCAUCAGGCUCGGCCGUUCACUCAUUAGGCGACACAUUACCCCUUCCUCCUAUCGACACGUUCAGCCCACUGCCCACCCAAGAAGUCGGAGCACACUGCGCAGAAGCAAACCAUCCCACCUUCACAGAAAUACCAGUCUACCACGACAUCUCAGUCUGGCCCCUCAAAGACCCAACCGAAGCCAAACUAAUGCGCUACUUUAUCGAAAAGAUCGCCCGCCGUUUCGACCUCUGCGACCCAGAGCGGCAUUUCGCCCUCGUCGUCCCGUGGAGGGCGGCGUUUUGUCCACCUCUGCUGGACGCUGCUUUGGCAUUGAGUGCAAGGUGUCUGAGCAGGACGACGGAUUUCGACUCUUACAUAUCGAAUAGGUAUUAUCAGAGGUGUUUGAAUGCUCUGAUAUCGACGCUUGGGAUUGCGGAUGCGCUGAAGAAUCAGGAUUUGUUUGCAGCUGUUGUGCUGUUGAGAACGCUGGAGGAGAUUGACGGGCCAUUAUCUGGAGCUGACUCUCAAUCGCACUUGCUUGGCGGCCAUCUCUUUGCCAGCGCUUCAGCUUCAGAACACAGCUCCAUCUUGUGGUCCCCAGGUGUGCUUAGAGAACCCGACAGACUCACCAGUCUCCGACGCGCGGCUCUCAUCGUCGCAUUUCGUCAAGAAGUUUACAUGGCCUUUGCGUGCCAGAGGCCUGUUCUUCCCGCAUUCUAUCUCCCCGAGAUUGACCGCUGUCUCGACAACCCAACCGACGACGGCACCUGGACAAACCGAAUACUAUUACAUCUCGUCGACACGCUAAAGUUCUGCUUCGGAGAUGAACCCAUGAACCCGAACCAGGCCAUGGAGAAGCACAACGAUCUGUUAAAAUACGCAGAAGAGUGGUACACCAAGAAACCACCCAGCUUCAACGCCCUCUUCCUCGACGAAAACACCGACCGAAGAAUCGCCCCCGACAUCUGGAUCCUCUCCGACGCCGCAGCAACCGGCCUCCUAAACUACCACCUCCUGCGCAUCCUUCUCCUCUCAUUCGACCCCCACACACCCCGCGUCGGUCCAUCCCGAGCACGCUUCCUAAAACAGCAAGACAGGGAGAUUAAAGAGGAGGUAAAGACGUGUAUUGGACUUGCUGAGGGGAACCCAGAGUGUGCGCCACAUUUUGUGCUUGCGAGCUUGGGGAUUGCGCUUGCGGGGGAUAGGUUUGAGGAGAGGUGGGAGAAGGACGAACUGAUGAAGUUUUUGAAGAGAGCGGAAUCAUUGCACGGUUGGAGCACGUUGGCUGCGCAGAGGCACUUAGCUGAGGCUUAG